AACUCUACAAUUCACAGUUUAUAUUAAUUAUACUUAGUCAUUGUGACAAGUUAGACCAUAGUUAGACUUACAGCAGCCCUUACAGUAGUAUCAUUCAUCAUGGCUUUAUCUAAGGGACCACUGAAACGAGCUGAGAAGAUAGAUAGAGCCACUCCAGUACUACAAGGCAGCAGUUGUGUAGCAGCUAUUGACUUUGGUACCUCAUCACUAUCAGUAGCAUACACCACUCCAACUGAUGGACAGAUCAAACUAGUACCACUACACAGUACUUAUGAGAGGGUACCUAAUGCUAUACUAAUACUGAAGGACCAGGAGAACCAACAAUGUCAAGUAAUGGAGGUUGGAUAUAAAGCACAGAACAUCUAUGGUGAUAUUAAAAAAGGAGCUGAAAAUUACAUUUAUUUUGAGCGAAUAAAGACCUUACUGGAGAGAGAUACAACAUUGGAUCGAGCUACUAAAGUCUCUUCAUUCACUGGUGGUUCUUAUUAUCUCAUUGAAGUUAUAGCUUUUAUACUAACACACCUCAAGGAGAAGCUACUCACUGAUGAGCUAAAGGAAAUACACAAAUCAACUAAUUUUGAUUGGGUCAUUACUGUUCCUGCUAUAUGGAAAGCAAGAGCAAGAAGAAUGAUGAGAGAAGCUGCUUAUAUGGCUGGUCUCACUUCUGAUGCUCCUGGUAUAACAAGGUUCACUCCAGUUGGUUCCCCUUUACCACGUCCAGAGGAGGUUAAUCCUGAGAAGCUAUCAUUAGCUCUAGAACCAGAAGUAGCUGCUAUAGCAGCACAGCAUCA